GCCCCUUGUUUCCCAUCAUCCCCUGCGCUCCUUCCUCUGCCUUGCGCUCAGCGGCCAUCAUGGGCAUCGAUAUCCGCCAUAACCGGGACCGGAAGGUUCGGAGACGGGAGCCCAAGAGCCAGGACAUCUACCUGAGGCUGCUGGUGAAGCUCUACCGCUUCCUUGCCCGUCGCACCAAUUCAGCCUUCAACAAGGUUGUCCUCAAGAGGCUGUUCAUGAGCAGGAGCAACCGACCCCCCCUGGCCCUGUCCCGUAUGAUCCGCAUGAUGAAGAAGCCUGGUAGGGCUGAUAAGACUGCAGUGGUUGUAGGGACAGUGACUGAUGACGUCCGGAUCCAGGAUGUCCCUAAGCUGAAGCUGUGUGCAUUGAGGGUCACUCGGGGUGCCCGCACCCGCAUCCUCCGGGCUGGGGGAUCCAUCCUCACCUUCGAUCAACUGGCCAUGGCCACCCCAAAAGGGAAGGGAACCGUCCUGCUGUCCGGACCCCGAAAGGCACGAGAGGUCUAUAGGCACUUUGGGAAGGCACCAGGGACACCCCAUAGCCACACCAAACCCUAUGUCCGCUCCAAGGGCAGGAAGUUCGAACGCGCUCGGGGCCGAAGAGCAAGUCGGGGCUACAAGAACUGAACCCCAAUAAAGGCAUCAGCCCCAAUAUGGGAUCUGACAUUGGGGUCACCCCA